CGAAGAGGUCGUAGUAACAGGUGACGAUUAGAGGAACGUACAAACAAAAUGAGUGCAGCUAGGCCUUUAAUACGAAAUUCGGCCACAUUAAUUUUAGCUGCUAGAAACAGCCAACUUAAGAGCGCCUUUGACUGGAGGGUCUUGUUACUGGAAAGAGCCGCUAAAAGUGCAUUUAUGCCAAGUAUGUAUGUUUUCCCUGGUGGUAUAAUCGACAAAGCUGACUUUUCUAAUGACUGGAUGGAACUAUUUAAAGAGUCCUUCACUAAGUUUGGCACAAACUUCACAUCCCUUGUUGAUAUUCAAGGACCACGCCCACCUGUGGUGAAGACAUCUGGACCUACAGGUUUACCAAGUGAUAUCGCGUUAAGAAUUUGUGCCAUCCGAGAGACAUUUGAAGAGUCUGGCGUUCUUUUAUUAAAGAGCUUCUCUUCUGAUAAACAAUACGAAAAUCUUGAAAUAGAUAACGUUCGGAAUUGGAGGAAAGAAGUGCAUGCAGAUGCCUCCGUGUUUUUCACUAUGUGCAGGAAAUUUAAAUGUGUUCCUGAUGUGUGGGCCCUGAGUGAGUGGUCAAACUGGCUGACACCUGCUCAUUUACCCAGACGAUAUGACACAAUGUUCUAUAUUGCCUUUCUUGAUGAGGAACCAUUAGCACUCCAUGAUGACAAGGAGAUGACUCACUCAAAGUGGAUGAUUCCAGCUGAAGCUGCUGCAAAGUUUAUGGCACGCAAGAUUAAGAUUGGAUUCCCUCAAGUUUAUGAGCUGUUAAGGUUUUGUCGAUUUCCAAAGUGGGAGGACUUUCAAUCUUUUCAGCAAAACCGUGCUUCAGAUGGAUGUGAACAAUGGCUUCCUAUCAUAACGCAGUGUGUUGAUGGCACUCUGGUUGUAUUUCCACAUGAUGAUCUUUAUCCAUCUUUGAAAAAGAGAGUCAUGGAAGAAUUAACAAAAAGUACAACAGGACAAAUUUCACUUUUUAAUCAAUCAGAGACACUAGCGCAGUUAAAUGCAAAGGGAACAAAUUUUAAUCGAUUGUGCCUCGAGUCCGGUGUUCCAUGCAACAUGAUGAUUAAUGUGCAACUUCCUCAUGGACAGUGCUUACCAGUGGUGGAUUUUGAAAGGAUUAAUGAACUUGCUGGAGACUCAGUUGAGUCACAUCUCUGAACACAAUGGAUUUCUAGUCUAAAAAAGAUCGACCAGUAGAAUUUUGAUAUUGAGUUCAGCAGGAUUAAACGGCAUUUAGUAAGGAGAGUCUAAGAACCGCGUAAAGGAAAAAAAAAGUGAAUUUGCCCGCAAAAUUUACUCGGAAAUCUUUGCGCAAAACCCUUUCAAAGGUUACAUACUGAAACACGUCGAUGCAUGGUACUAAAGACUGCGACACAUCCAAGAAUGUGUUCUUCCUGACAUUCAAAUGAAAUCGAAGGUAAUUAACCUUUGUUCUUCCCCUGCCACUAAAACGGUGAAUUUUAUACCAGGACGUACCACUGAAAUGGAUGUAAAAGAUCUUUUAGGCCAUGAUAU